AUGCCCUCCCCCUCCUCCUUGUCGAUGCUUCCUGGGACUCCCAAAAAGCAGCCCAAGACGAUGUACUCACACCUCGUCCUUCCCAAGCAACACGCCUUUCGGCGGGCAUUUGGGACCUUUCCAGAUCAUGCUCGCCGAUACCUCAUCUCCGAAGGCAGGACGACAUCGCCUCCCGACGAACGACCACCCCCACAGCCUUCGACGUCGUCCUCCCCCUUCUACCUCGAAACCGGCUAUUCGAUCUUUGCCAAACGGCCGUCUCGGCCGUUCCCACCGCCGUUCGUGUCGGCGCCGUCGGGGUCCUUCUCUGACCCCCUGACCACGCACAAUGCCCCGCGCGGCCGUCGACCCUACGUCAAUGGCCAGCUGGUCCGCGGCAUCACGAACGGUGACGACGCCAUCAUUAUCGGCGAUGCCAAUUUCAUAGCCGUCGACGACGGCGUGGGUGCUUGGGCGCUGAAAGAACGGGGCCACGCGGCACUGUGGUCUCGACUGAUCGCGCACUUUUGGGCCGUCGAGGUGGAAAAGUCGUUUACCACAAAGGACGGAGCACCGGUCAAGUUGGACGACCUGAACCCGAUCCAGAAUCUACAAGAUGCAUACGAGCAGACCAAGGCAGCUACAAAGGGCACAUUGAAGGACGAACCUGACCCUCUCUCGUCUUCUUCCUCCGAUUCCUCUUCCGAGUCCAGCCAGAAGGGCACAAAAGACGAGAAGCACGAAAAAGACACGGACAAGGACAAGGACAAGGAUAAAGAAAAGCCAGGUGAGAACGACAUCCUAGGUACGACGACAGCAUCCUCGGCCCUUCUAUACCACACAUCAGCCACGCCUCCCGUACCCGUCAUCCUCGCCACGACCUUGGGAGAUUGUAAAGUCCUCAUCCUACGUCCGUCUUUUGCAAGAAAUAGUACACAGGAGUCCAAAUCCUCCUCUUCCGGCAACAGCAACGGCGGCGGCGGCAGUGGUGUCGCCGCCACAAAGCCCAAAUCUACCACGCCCGAAGAAGAGGUCGACUUUUCCAAAUGCAUCCUCUACCGCUCCACCGAGCAGUGGCACUGGUUCGACUGCCCUCGCCAACUGGGGACCAACUCGCCCGACACCCCCGUGGGCAACGGCGUGUGCGACACGGUCGAGGUGUCGCCGGGCGACGUCGUGGCCGUCUUGUCCGACGGCGUGACGGACAACCUGUGGGAGCACGAGAUCGCCGAGACCAUCUGUACGUGUGUGCAAAAGUGGGAGGCGGGCGUCGACGAGGCCAAGGACGGCAUCGUCUACGUGGCGCGCACCCUGAUGAACGCCGCCCGCGAGGUCGCCCAGGACCCCAACGCCGAGUCGCCGUACAUGGAGCGCGCCUUCGACGAGGGCAUCGCCGCCGAGGGGGGGAAACUGGACGACAUCAGCGUCGUGUUGGGUCUGUGUCGGAAACGAGAAGACGAAUGA